AUGGCGUCGCUGUGCUCCCAGAAGCUGGAGGAGAAGCUGGUGUGCUCCAUCUGCCUGGAGCUCUUCCACACCGCUGUCACCUUGCCCUGCGGCCACAACUUCUGCCGCCCCUGCAUCAGCGGCCACUGGGACAAGCAGGAGGGCUCCGGGGCCGAGAAGGGCUACAGCUGCCCCGAGUGCCGCGAGUGCUUCGAGCGGCGCCCGGAGCUGCGGAAGAACGUGGCGCUGUGCGGCGUGGUGGAGCUGGCACGGGCGGGCGCCGAGGGGCACGAGGCGGCGGGUGCUGAGGGGCACGAGGCAGCGGGGGCCGAGAGACGCGAGGUAGCGCACAACGGUCAGUGCCCGCAGCACGGGCGCCCGCUGGAGCUCUACUGCGAGGACGAGCAGCGCUGCAUCUGCUGCGUGUGCACCGUGCGGCAGUGCCAGCGGCACCGCCGCGUGCUCUUCGAGGAGGCGCACGCUAAAAAGCAGGCCCUUCUGAGAGAAGCCCUGGAAAAAGCCCGUCAGGAGGCGGAGAAGAUCGGGCAGGCGAUGCAGGAGCUGGAAGAGCAAACACGCAGCAUCAAGGACUCCUCCGAGACACUGAAGUUGGUGGUUGUGAGCAAGUUUGACCACCUGGCGAAAGCCCUGGAGGACUGCCAGCAGCAGAUGGUGGCCAGGAUCGAGCAAGAGCAGGCAGCGGCGCUGGGACAAGUGGAGGAGAACUGGAAGCACCUGAAGGACUGCCUAGAUGCCUUCAACCACCACAAGGAGAAGGCAGAGGACCUGCUGGUUUGCACUGACAAACAGACCUUCCUUGAGGAGUUUCCCCUGCUCCCUUCUCCAGAGAGCCCUGAGGCAAUGCCCCCCGUAGAGUUCAACGUGGGCAUGGUAGAGCCCAUCACUGAGAUCCUCACGGACAUCUCUAAGCUCUUGCUAGAAAACUUGCCCACCUACGAGGCCCCCAAAGCUGCUGACCCUGUAGCCCCAGAUCCAGUCCAGCCUGAGGUGCCCAUGGUGGAGAAGGCAGUGGCCACUCUCCCGCAGUGCCAGCUCCGCACUGAGCUUCUGAAGGACCACCGCAACCUGACCUUCAACGCCAACACGGCCAACAGGUACCUGCGGCUGUCAAGCAGCAACCAGAAGGCCAAGCACCUGCGCAGCGCGGAGAGCCUGCGACAGGAGCACGACGCCCGUUUCGAGCUGUGGCAGGUGCUGUGCGACCAGAGCUACAACCACGGCCACCACUACUGGGAGGUGAAGGCAUCCAGCCACUCCGUCAUCGUGGGGGUGACGUACGGCAGCAUCUCCCGCAAACAGCAGCCAGGCCACAAGUUCAACAUCGGCCUGGACGGCGGCUCGUGGGGGCUGCAGGUGCGGGAGGACUGUUACCUAGCCUGGCACAAGGGCCGCUCGGAGAAAAUCCAAGAGCGCUUCUACAAGAACCUGGGGGUCAGCCUGGACUAUGGCAACGGGCUCCUCUCCUUCUACGGCCUCGGUGACCAGACGCAGCUCAUCCACAGGUUCCACCACAUCUUCACGGAGCCCCUCUACCCCGUCUUCUGGCUUUGCGAAGGGCGAACGAUCACUCUGUGCCAGCGGGACGGCCAGCGAGGCAAGUUCCUGAGCAAUGUGGAGAACGAGCUGGAGGAGCUGGCGGUCACCAUCGCGCAGACCAGGAAGAUGCUGGAGCUCAUCAAGUCCGCUUCCCAACGCAGGGAGCUGCAAAAAAGAGUGGAGAAGCUCUUCAUGGAGGCCUCCGAGGUGCUGGCGGCCUUCCAGAAGGAGGUGGUGGGAUUCAUCGAGGACGGCGAGCGCUCCAGGCUGGCCGAGGCAGAGGCCAAUCUCCGCUGGAAGGAGGAGAGACGAGCCAAGCUGGCCCAGUGCAAGCAGAACCUGGAGAGCGUCCCCAGCACGGACACCAUCUACUUCCUCCAGGAGUUUCAGGCCCUCAAAAUAGCCAUGGAGGAAAAUCUCUCCCCCGCUCCGAGCUUCCAGAACGAGCUGAGCUUCACCAAGUCCGCGCAGGCCGUGAGCGCGGUGAAGGAGGUCCUGGCCGCCGCCUGCAAGAACCAGUGGGAGCGCUUGCUGGGGAAGGGAGGCGACGGGCUGAGCUUCCAGGAGACGGAGGAAGAGGUAUCCGAGUCCCAGUUUCCAGACAAGUCGAGCAAUCCCAUCUGCCCGGAGAGCCGCGAUUACUUCCUCAAAUUUGCCUUCAUCAUCGACCUGGACAGCGACACGGCUGACAAGUUCAUCCAGCUGUUCGGCACCAAAGGGGCCAAGCGGGUGCUUUGCCCCAUCCCCUACCCGGAGAGCGUGACCCGCUUCAUCAACUGCGAGCAGGUGCUGGGCGAGAACGUCAUGAACCGCGGCAACUACUACUGGGAGGUGGAGCUCAUCGACGGCUGGGUCAGCAUCGGCAUCAUCGCCGAGGAUUUCAACCCGCGGGAGUCCUACGACCGCGGCCGCCUGGGGCGGAACGACAAGUCCUGCUGCCUGCAGUGGAACGGACAGAACUACGCGGUCUGGUUUGGCGGCUUUGAGUCUGUCAUCCAGCAGCCCUUCUUCCAAACCAUCGGGGUCUUCCUGGAGUAUUCGGAGAAGGCCCUGACAUUCUACGGAGUCAAGGACUCCAAGAUGACCUGCCUGCAGCAGCUCAAGGUCUCCCGUUUUAAGAAGGGCCAGUUUGAUGCUUUCCAGAACAAGAUCAACCACCAAUUCCCCUCUCUGUUCUCCUUCAACCUGAAACCUGCCUUCUUCCUGGAGAGCGUCGAUGCCCACCUGCAGAUCGGGCCGCUGAAGAAAGAUUGCGUUUCGGUGCUAAAGCGCAGGUAACUCCCCAGGUCGCCGGAGCAAGGGGAGACCCAGAAGAGUCUCCCGCGCAGUAAC